GCUGCCAGUCAGACGCGCCGGGCGGUGGGAGAAGGAACACGUCCGCGACCUCCACUUGCGCCUCUUGUACUCUUCCGCCUCCGCCCGCCCUCGCCACUCUCAGCACACCGCAGCGCCAUGAGCACCUGGACGCACGUCUGGGAGGGUGGAUAGGUCCCCGGGGUGACGGCGCCCGGGACGGAGAAGGAGCGAUAGAAAAGCAACUUCGACGAGUGACAAGGACGGUCUUUUCUUCAGUUCUUUGGUGUCCUCUCUGCCACAGUGUUCAAGAGAGCCGCGGCCAAGUGUGCGGCAGGGAAACAAACUUGGUUAUUCUGUGCAAAAAGGAAGUUCCACGGUGUCUGCCUUGCAUUCAGGUGAAGUUCCUGUGGUGAAGGACAAAUGCACCUGAGGUAUUCUUAGCCACCUCGUGACCAACAAGUGUGACAAGUUCGGCUGCACCUGACACAGACAGCACCUCACGAACCGCCACUCACCCGGCGUCACUUUGGUAACUGUCCGACCCUCCUGUACAGUCUCGUUACCGUUUAGUCUAAGCACGGUAGGUUUAAUGUUAGUCGUCGCGUUUUAAUAGACCUUGACCUCACACCCUGUUUGUCUGGCGCAGCGUUUUUGCGUCCAGACUUUUUACUUCGUCGUGUGUGUAGUGUCAAGGAGAUCGUUGGUCCUCCCUGCCCCGCCCUACCCUGUCCUGCAGGCAGCUGUACCUCUCAAGUCGAUGGUCCUCUUUGGUGUUCCGUGUUGUGUAUUCGUGUUCGAUACAUUUCAGUGUUAGUGAUCCUCCACCAACACGUCUUGUCCUUCUCCGCUUCAAGGAGGAAAAGAAACUAUUUCUGUCAACAGACCACAGGCUGCGACACGCCUCCUAAGACCAAACACGCACGGACACAUACGUACUUUCAUUGUUACUUUUUCUAGCCGUUCUGUGUCGUGUGCGUGAGUGUUCACCUGAACUAAUGAGCAAUCCUACACAUUAAGAAGGAACACAUCAAAACGUUCGUGAAAAUCAAUUUUUACAGACUGGCAAAUGUUCCUUACCCAAUCAAAAUAUCAAAUAAAACAUCACUGCGUGUUAUGUACUAAAGGAAAAACAAUACAAGAAAGACGGAAUUAGGGAACAUUCCACUGCAAACAUUCCACGGUGAGUGUGUGAUACAAGCUGCGGACGCCCAGACCCAGUGACGCCCGGGAACACAUCCUGAGCAACAGACUCCUCUUAGAAAAUCCCUUCAAUGAAUCAAAGACUAAAAACCAGGAACACAGAGUAAUACUUACCGGUGCGGUGAACGCUGACGAAGACUGCAAGGAGUACAAACCAAGAGCACCAGCCACACCCUGGCACAGCUCACCUGCAAAUCAAUCAAGGGUGUAGCCGCCGCCAUGACCCUACAGCACGCCGCUCACCUCCUGUCUCUCGCCCUCCUCCUCACCUGCCCAGGUGGGUUAUCAGCGUGGGAGAGGGCAGCCCGCCACGUAGUCCCGCCGCCUACAGUGCCCGGCCCGACCCUGCCGCCUGUGUUCGACCCCCGGGUGUCUAACAAUGUGACUGUCACCGCCACCAAGACAGCGCGACUCUCCUGCAUCGUCCACAACCUUGGCAACAACUCGGUGUCGUGGAUCAGGCACAGGGACCUGCACAUACUGUCGGUGGGCGCGCAGACCUACACUAGCGACGACAGGUUCGAGGCGGUGCCACAGGCCGCCAAGGGGGACUGGAUGCUGAGCAUCAAGUACGCACUGCCGCGGGACUCCGGCCAAUACGACUGCCAGGUGUCCUCCACGCCCCCCACAGCCCGCACCGUGCACCUCACCGUCGUGGAGCCCCGGGCCAAAAUCCUGCGAGCCCCUGAGAUGCACGUGGGUCUUGGGUCACCCAUCAACCUGACCUGCGAGGUGGAUUACUCCCCAGAGCCGCCGGAUUACUUGCACUGGUACCACAAGGAAAAGAUGGUUCGUAAGGACGGGGACCGGGUGUCGGUAAAGACCAAGCUGGGGAGAAGCAGCUUCAGUCAGCUCGUGGUGAGGCGCGCCCGUCCAGACGACGCGGGCGUGUACACCUGCAGUCCCGCACACGCCAUCGAGCACUCCAUCACCGUGCACGUCCUCACAGGGGAGUACCCGGCCGCUAUGCAGGGCGGAUCGUCAGUCACAUGCGCAGGCCGACGUCGCUGGGCCCUCCUGCUCACCGCUACCGUCACCCUGUCCACCUCGGUCUUACUAACCUAUUUUUAUAUGUAAAUAACAAUGUUUUACAGAAAUCC